AUGGUGGAACAAGCUGUUGGACAUCACGUGGAGCAGAUUUCCAUGUGCAGUCUCAAAGGAACCCACAGAGCAGCAGUGGGUGUGGUAAGGAGAUUCUCAGAAGCCUUCUUCUACACUGAACACAAUAAACUUGCAGUGCUGACGUUUCAGGAAGGCCUGAUCCAAAGUCAUGCACAGAUUUCUACAGAAAUUCGUAAUUCAGAGUACUUCACCAACAUGCCCCCGCUGCCAGCAGAAUGCCUAGACAUCGAUGGGGACUGGAACACUCUUCCUGUUAUUUUUGAAGAUAGGUACAUGGAUUUGCCUUGCAAAGAUCAGAAUUUGGAUUCUUUCCCAGAUUUUGAGGCUCCUGCCAAUACUCAAAUUGAUACAAUACAUGAGAAGGAAAAUCUUGCAUCAAAUGAUGACACUGUAGAAAUGAAAGGAGACUUUGGGAAAGGUACUUUGCUAAUACACACAGACAGGAUAAAUGGGAAUCCUUGCCUGUAUAGUGAUUCCAAAGGUGUUGCUUUUGCAGCCAAGAGUUUAAACCAGCACUCCACAUCUCAGGUAUGUACAGCGAACAAAGAAGGCCAAAAGAUACCUGAAAACAUUUAUGUUUCAAGUAAGGAAACUACUUCUGUCUCAGAGCUAAGCAAUACAGAAUGCAUAUCAGAAGAGUCUAAAACAUGCAAGGAAGUUUUAUUAAGAGACAGUAGGCAUUCAGUGGGUAUUACCUCUGAAGAGAAGAAAUCUAGCAAUAAGGGUGCCCACAAAAGUGAGCCCGUGUUGAUUGUCAGUGCUCAGAUUGAGUGUGGGGCAUGCGGAACUGAUGGCUUGGAAGGCAGGACUGAAAUACAUAAAAUGACUGAAUCUGGUCAUCCUGAGAAUAAUUUCAGUUCUGAGCUUGCACUGAGUGAAUUCACCAGGCUUGAAAGAAUACCAGAUGCAGAUAGCAAGCCUCUGCAGCCUGUUUUGAAAGCUUUGCCCUCCCACAGCUUGGAGGUGAAGUUGUUUGCAAAGGAGCAACGAACUGAGGAGUGUGAAGAAUUUACCCUGAUGUCAGGGGUCAUAAAGAGAUCCUCCUCUAUUAUAUCAGAUUCGGGCAUCGAAAGUGAACCAAGUUCAGUGGCGUGGUCUGAUGCUCGGAGCCGGGCUCUGGAACUGCCCAGUGAUCGAGAGAUCCUGCACCACUUGGUACGGAGACAUGCCAUCCACCGGAAUUCCCUGGAGGGUGGGCACACAGAAAGCAAUACCAGCCUGCCCAGCGGGAUACAAGCGUCUCUCACAUCCAUUAGCUCUUUGCCCUUUGAGGAAGAAGAGAGAGAAGUGGAGCUUACCAAACUGACUAAAUCUGUCUCAGCUCCUCAGAUCAGUAGCCCAGAGGAGCCUUUGGAGGAGGUGGACAUAUCUAAACACAUUGAAGCAACCUCACGAGACUCAGGAGGAUAUUUAAAAAGCUGCAGGGAAACAGAGAAUGGAGAUGGGCAAUCAAUGAUCGAUUUUUCUAUGUGUCAGCUCACCACUAAAAGUGGGCAGCUAGAACCAAGAGAACCUCCCAAACCCUCUGCCAAAAACAGAAAUGACAACAUAGAACUACAAAGGGAGGCAAAGGAAGAUUUCUCAGAGACUUACUGCAGUUUGGAAUGUGCAAAACCACCUGCAUGUAAUCCUCUCAGAGAUAAUGACUCUGAAUGUCAAUCACUGGAAAGCAAUGAUGGGUGCAGCUUAAAAACACCAAGGGCUAAUAAUUACUUGGACAAAAGCAUAGACGAGUUUGAUAAGUACAUUACAGAUCCAAAGGAUACAUCUAAGCCGGACAGCUUAAAAAUAGAACAAAACUUGUACAUCAAUGUGAGAAAAACAGGAGAGGACAGUUUCUCACAAAGCAUAAAGCUGGUUCCACAUAUCUGUAAUCCUGUUUCAGGUCCUUCAGAAACUUCAACAGAAUUUGGCUCAAUGCAAGAAGAAUGCAAUAGCUUUCUUGCUGAUGAGAGCCUGCUGGUGUAUGCAGAAAUGCAGGGGUUACAGGAAAUUGAGCUCAACGACUCACUUGCCUCAGCAGAUCCUGCUGCAGAAUCCUGCCAGGACAAAUAUCCUCAGGAACUUGACAACCAAGGGCAGAAACUUGUAGCUAAUGGCACUGGGUUUCACUCAGUUACAAUGGAUGGGGUAACACUGGAAAGCAGAAAGGCUGUUGAUGUAGUUAACCUCUCUGUCUCUUGCACGGCCACAUGUCUUCCCUUUUCUUCUGUGCUCAAAGAGACCCCUGCGAUGGUUGGCUUCUCUGCAAAGCAGGCUGCAUUUCCCAUCACACGUCAGCCUCUGGGCUCUUUUGGAGUUGUUUCUUCCCAUUCAAAUGAGGUGGAUGAAGAGGCCAAUGAAAGGAUGCUGAAUUUUUAUCAGGCCAAAGAAAAAUUUAAAAAAGAAAUGAAGAUUGAAGGAUUUCUGUACAGUGACUUAUCUGUACUAGCUUCUGAUAUCCCAUAUUUUCCACCAGAGGAAGAGGAAGAAAAUUUGGAAGAUGGAAUUCACCUGGUUGUCUGUGUCCAUGGAUUGGAUGGUAACAGUGCAGAUCUCCGGCUGGUAAAGACUUUUAUAGAACUGGGACUCCCUAGUGGAAAACUGGACUUCCUAAUGUCUGAAAGAAAUCAGACUGAUACUUUUGCUGAUUUUGAUACAAUGACUGACCGAUUGUUGGAUGAAAUUAUUCAGCAUAUUCAGUUGUAUAACCUCUCCAUAUCCCGAAUAAGUUUUAUUGGACAUUCCCUUGGUAAUGUCAUCAUCCGAUCUGUACUAACUCGCCCCAGGUUUCGCUAUUACCUCAACAAGUUGCAUACCUUCCUGUCCCUCUCUGGGCCUCACCUUGGAACCCUUUACAACAACAGUACUUUGGUUAGUACAGGUCUAUGGCUCAUGCAGAAAUUGAAAAAAUCAGGGUCACUUUUGCAGUUGACCUUCAGGGACAAUGCAGAUCUGCGCAAGUGUUUCCUUUACCAGCUCAGCCAAAAAACAGGUCUUCAGUACUUUAAAAAUGUUGUAUUAGUGGCUUCACCCCAAGACAGAUAUGUACCCUUUCAUUCAGCAAGAAUAGAAAUGUGCAAAAAUGCACUCAAAGACAGGCAUACAGGUCCUGUUUAUGCAGAAAUGAUUAACAAUCUACUUCAGCCUUUAAUUGGGGCAAAGGACUGCACUUUGAUCAGACACAACGUGUUCCAUGCUCUACCAAACACCGCCAACACAUUGAUAGGCCGAGCUGCCCACAUUGCUGUGCUGGACUCUGAACUUUUCCUGGAGAAAUUUUUCCUCGUGGCAGGACUCAACUACUUCAAAUAGUGCCUGAAGUGUGGGGUAACUGAAACAAACCAUUUCAUUGAAUGGAGGAGAAUCCCUUAGCCAAAAGCUUCUAGUAUUAGAAAUGAGAUCAGGUGGGACUUUCAGACUCUCCAUUUCCAUUUCUGUUUCCAGAAAAUAAAGUGCUAUGGCUUUAAGGCAUUCAGGCUUCCAAAUAUUGGUGCUUUUGGAAGAAACAAAUUCUUUUUCAGUUUUUAUGUCGUUUGUCUACAUAAAGACAUGGGUGAAUUCCGAAUGAGAGAAUCAGAAUAUAGAUAGUUAAUUAUCUAAAUGAGGUGUGACCAACGUGUUUGCAAUUUCUCUCAAAUACUAACCCAGGAACUUAGCUGUUCUUGAUUUAAUGCUUAUUUAUGUAUUAACAAACACAUCUGUAGCACUUUGGGAUGAUUAACACAAGAGGAAAGAAACGUAUAUGAACUCAGGUUAAAACCUCCUUUAUGAUGAACUGAAAAGUCAACAUUCAUGAAAAUUUCAAUGUUUCCAUUUGUCAAAAAAAAAAAAAAAAAGAUUUCAUUAUUCAUAAUUAUUUGUAACAUGCACAUAUUCAUAUCAUGGAAAGGGGGGAAAUAUUUAACAUAGAAUGAAAAAAAAUCUUGAUAUUUGUCUUUUUUAAGAAACCCUUAAAUUAGCUGGACUUCUGUUCAAAUUAGAAGCUGCCAAACUGGUAAGAGACUAUUGGAUUACUUGUGAAAUAACAGUGGCAUCUGUUAAGACUUCUCCUGUUUACAUUUAUAAAAUACCAUUAUUGUGCUCGUCAUUAUAAUCUUAGAGUUAAUUUUUUUACUUUUACAUUUGUAUCCAAAUACAUUUACCCCAAGAUAAUUGUUUCUGUAUAUCAUUCUGACCCUGAAAUUCGAAAUUUGACCAGUAAUGCCCCUGUGAAAAUAAUCCAAUGGAAAUGGAUCAGUGACCAAGAGCAGGAAGGAUUACGGAAAGCUCAAAAACAUAAGGCUUCCUCUGCAGUGCUCUAAGAAGGUUUUACUAAUGCCCAUCUGUAGUGCCAUGUGCAAUCCUAAUUAUUUUAUGGUUACCGCUUGUUAAAACAUGUAAGAAUUUAUUAAUACAAUGAUAUCAGAGUUCUUUUUAAGAGUGUGGAAAAUAACCCAUUUUUCACUUUUCUAUUUUGCAUUUUUUUUAAAUUAAAAGUUACCAGCAUUUUAAAUGACAAAUUUCAAUAAAUUUCUAUAAUUUUUCAUACCAUUUUAAUAAAUUUUCAAUGUCACAGCAGCUUUUUACAAAAAAAAAAUAUUUUUG